AUGGUAUUUCUAAAAAUCUAUCACAGUCUAUUCAUUAUCUAUCUAUCUAUCUAUCUAUCUAUCUAUCUAUCUAUCUAUCACAGUCUAUUCAUUAUCUAUCUAUCUAUCUAUCUAUCUAUCUAUCACAGUAUAUUCAUUAACUAUCUAUCUAUCAAUCUAUCUAUCUAUCUAAGUCUGUUCAUAUCUAUCUGUUACAGUCUAUUCCCUAUCUGUCUAUCUGUCUCAGUCUGUUCAUUAUCUAUCACAGUCUAUUCAUUAUCUAUCUAUCUAUCUAUCUAUCUAUCUAUCUAUCUAUCUCAUUCUCCUAUUCUCAUCUAUCUAUCUAUCUAUCUAUUUAUCUAUCUAUCUAUCUAUCUAUCUAUCUAUCUAUCUGUUAUCAUACCAAUUAUUUUUUCUUUCUUUCUUUCCUUUUUUUCCUUUCUUUUUCGUCUUUUAUUCAUGUCGUUUUUUUUUCACCUUCUGACUUUUCUUUCUUUCUUUCUACUUCAGGCCUUUUCUUUUUUUGUCUUUAUUUUCUCUUUCUUUCUUUCUUUCUCCCUUCUACCAUUUCUUUCUUCUACCAUUUCUUUCUUCUACCAUUUCUUUCUUUCUUUCUUUCUUUCUUUCUACUUCAGGCCUUUUCUUUCUUUUGUCUUUUAUUUUCUCUUUUAUUUCUUUUCUCCUUCUACCAUUUCUUUCUUUCUUUCUUUCUUUCUUUCUUUCUUUCUUUCUUUCUUUCUUUCUUUCUUUCUACUUCAGGCCUUUUCUUUCUUUUGUCUUUAUUUUCUCUUUCUUUCUUUCUCCCUUCUACCAUUUCUUUCUUCUACCAUUUCUUUCUUCUACCAUUUCCUUUUCUUUAUUCCUUUCUUUCUUUCUUUCUUUCUAUUUUUUCUUUCUACUUCAGCCUUUUUCCUUUCUUUUUGUCUUUUUUUCCUUUUCUUUCUUUCUCCCUUCUACCAUUUCUUUUUUUUUUCUUUCUUUCUUCUACCAUUUCUUUCUUUAUUCCUUUCUUUCUUUCUUUCUUUCUUCUAUCAUUUUUCUUUCAUUCGUCUACCAUUUCUUUCUUUCGUCUACUAUUUCUUUCUUUCUUCUACUGUUUCUUUCUUUCUUUCUUCUGCCAUUUCUUUCUUUCUUUCCUUCUUUUCUUUCUUUCUUUCUUUUCUUUUCUUUAACCAUUUUUUUUUCAUUUUUCUUUCUUUCUUUCUUUCUUUUACUCCCAGCCCUUUUUUUUCUUUUCUUCCUUUCUUUUCUUUUUCUUCCUUCUUCAUUUCUUUCUUUCCUUCUUUCUUUCUUUCUUUCUUUCUUUCUUCCACCAUUUCUUUCUUUCUUUCUUUCUUUCUUUUUACUCCUUGCCCUUUCUUUCUUCUGUCAUUUCUUUCUUUCUCUUUCUUUUUUCUUUCUUUUUCUUUCUUUCUUUUCUUUCUUUUUUUUACUCCUUGCUAUUUCUCUCUCUGUUUUUUUUCUUUUUGUUCUUCUUUAUCAUUUCUUCCUUCUUUUUUCUACCAUCUCUUUCUUUCUCCCUUUCUUUCUUUCUUCUGCCAUUUCUUUCUUUCUUUCCUUCUUUCUUUGUUUCUUUCUUUCUUUCUUUUACUUCUUCCUCUUUUUCUUUCUUUUCUUCUGCCAUUUCUUUUCUUUCUUUCCUUCUUUUCAUUCUUUUUUCUUUUCUUUCUUUCUUCCAUUUCUUUCUUUUCUUUUCUUUCUUUCUUUUUUUCCUUGCCCUUUCUUUCUUCUGUCAUUUCUUUCUUUCUGUUGAUUUUUAAAUGUCCCUUUCUAACCACGUCCUCUUCUUUUUCCUUUUGUCUUUAUUUUCGCUUUCUUUCUUUCUUUCUUUCUUUCUUUCUUUCUUUUUACUCCUUGCUAUUUCUCUCUCUGUUUUUUUCUCUCUUUUGUUCUUCUAUCAUUUCUUCCCUUCUUUUUUCUACCAUCUCUUUCUUUCUGUUAUUUGCUUUAAAUCUCUUUUCCUACCAUUUUUAUUUCUCUCUCUCUUUCUCUUAUUCCCUUUAUAAUCACAUUCUUCUUACUUUACUUCUUCCUCUUUUUCCCUUUAGAUUUCUUCUUACUUUACUUCUUCCUCUUUUUCCCUUUAGAUUUCUUCUUACUUUACUUCUUCCUCUUUUUCCCUUUAGAUUCCUUCUUACUUUACUUCUUCCUCUUUUUCCCUUUAGAUUCCUUCUUACAUUACUUCUUCCUCUUUUUCCCUUUAGAUUCCUUCUUAAUUUACUUCUUCCUCUUUUUCCCUUUAGAUUUCUUCUUACUUUACUUCUUCCUCUUUUUCCCUUUAGAUUCCUUCUUACUUUACUUCUUCCUCUUUUUCCCUUUAGAUUUCUUUUCUUUCUUCUUUUUUUUCUUUCCUCUUUCCCUUUAGAUUCCUUUAGAUUCCUUCUUCUUACUUUACUUCUUCCUCUUUUUCCCUUUAGAUUCCUUCUUACUUUACUUCUUCCUCUUUUUCCCUUUAGAUUCCUUCUUACAUUACUUCUUCCUCUUUUUCCCUUUAGAUUCCUUCUUACUUUACUUCUUCCUCUUUUUCCCUUUAGAUUCCUUCUUACUUUACUUCUUCCUCUUUUUCCCUUUAGAUUCCUUCUUACUUUACUUCUUCCUCUUUUUCCCUUUAGAUUCCUUCUUACUUUUACUUCUUCCUCUUUUUUUCCCUUUUAG